AUGCACGGGCAGGAAGACGGCGACUGCAGGGAGGGUUUGGAGAUGACCUCCGCCUGCUUGGUCCAGACCCUUUGCCAGAGGCUGGCCCUCACCCUUUGGCAGACAGCUCUUCACCUCAGGAGUCAGAAGGCACACGCAGUCAUUCACAGACCAGUGACCACGAACACGUGUUCUGAAACGCCAAUGGAAGUUUUACAAGAGCGAUAUAAUCUCUUCAAUUGUAACUUGUGUAUCAUGCAGCACACAUUACAUCUGUUCAUUAGGAUCUUGUUUCAAGGGUCGUUAAUUCUUAAUGCAACAUGGUCGUGA